UAGUUUCAACGUCGGGGUUUUUUGCUUUGCAAGGUAACUACCGGUUUCUCAUCAAUGGAUAUAAAGCCAUCAUGUUAGUAACCUCAUUGCAGAAUAAUAAGGUCCACAAAAUCAAUGCUGUAACGGAACAGCCUGCAGGUGGAUUAGUUGCAAGUAUUAGUGAUGACCUUAAGCCGUGCAUGCGUACAUAGAUGCUAUCUGGAUAUUCAGGAAUGCAACAGGCUAGAGUAGGGGGAAGGGGCCUGUGAUUAUAAGUUCUCAGACUCAACCCCUGACUAUGCUAUCACAGGCUUUCUACAACCAUGGUCACUUCUGUGCCUCCCAUCCAUGGGAGGUGAUAGUUGCCUUCCUUACCCUCACAGCAUGUAUGCUCUCCAUGGGUCCUAAACUUGUUGACCCCAACAAUAAGUGUGGUUGGAACUAUCAGUGCCACCACAAUGAGGGAGGCAACAAAGGAAUGGAUAUUGUUAUCAUGACAAUAACCCGCUGUACAGCUGUACUCUAUGUUUACCAUCAGUUUCGUAAACUGUACAAAUUAGGCUCAAGAUAUCUCCUUGGUGUGGCUGCUCUCUUUACCAUCUUUUCUAGUUUUGUCUUCAGUACCAGUGUGGUUAAUUUUCUGGAAGGGAACUUCUCUGAACUUAAUGAGGCAUUGCCUUUCUUUCUUAUUCUCAUAGACCUCUCCAAAACUGGACUUUUAGCACAGUUUGCUCUCAGUUCUUCUACGCAGGAGGAUGUGAGAGAAAACAUUGCUAAAGGUAUGAGGAUACUUGGGCCUAAAAUUACCCUGGACACCAUAGUUGAAACAUUAGUUAUUGGAGUUGGUACAAUCUCUGGAGUAAAGAGGAUGGAAGAAAUAUGUUGCUUUGCUUGCUUGUCAGCAGUUGUGAACUACAUCGUCUUCAUGACAUUUUUCCCUGCUUGUUUGUCAUUGGUUCUGGAGCUUUCACGAGAACAAGAGGAGGGGAGGCCUGUAUGGCAGCUGGGUCAUCUAACCAAAGUGCUACAGCAAGAAGAGGAACAGAAACCAAACCCAGUGUUACAGAGAGUGAAAGUUAUCAUGUCAGCUGGACUAGUACUUGUCCAUGUUCAAAGCCGUUGGCCAGUUGUGGAAAAUGAUUCAGUGUUUGAUCACCAUGAGGGUAGAGCUGUCGGACCAGAAAGAAUAUACUCUUCUGACAAUAACUCUGAUUUUGACCCAUUUCUACAAAGAUGGUUUGCUGUUAGCCCUGAGCAGCUGGUUAUGUUAGUGCUGGCUUGUGCUUUGAUAAUUAAAUAUAUCUUUUUUGAAAAUCGAGAAGAAUUACAAGAGCAACUGGCAGCAGCGGCAGCAUCAUCAAGAUUUAAUGAAAGUUUCAACAACACCAGCCACUGUGUUACAGAUUGCAGUAUAACCAAAGAAGGUUUCCAGUCAAACAGUUCGCAUCCUUCUGUUGGUCCUGUCCCAUCACUGGCUACUUUGACGAAGAGAAUAUCUUUUGUAGUAGGAGAAGACGAAAAUUGGGAGGUGGAAAAAAAAGAAUAUAUGGAGAAGGAGAUACAAACAGAAGAAUCAUUCUUUUUGGAAGAAAGUAACAUAUCUUCUCUUCGAAAUCGAGAACCACGUACGUUAGAAGAAUGCACUCAGCUUCUAAACUCAGAGGAAGGAGUAGUCCAGCUAACUGAUGAAGAAGUUCUUAUGUUAGUGGAAAACAAAGUGAUAGCCACAUACAAGUUAGAAAGUGUCUUAAACAACCCAGAACGGGGUGUUCACAUACGACGACAACUUAUUGCCAAAUCAUCAAAUUAUUAUGAGGCUCUUGAAGGAUUACCAUACACCAACUAUGACUACUCUCUGGUUAUGGGUGCAUGCUGUGAAAAUGUGAUUGGCUAUGUUCCCGUACCAGUUGGUGUAGCAGGACCGUUACUUCUCGACAACAAAACCUACUAUGUUCCCAUGGCUACAACAGAGGGUUGCUUGGUAGCAAGUACAAACAGAGGAUGCAGAGCUCUUAGUUUGGCAGGUGGAGUGCAUAGCAGUAUUGUAGCUAGUGGAAUGACCCGUGGACCUGUCAUUCGUUUGCCAUCUGCACAACAGGCAGGUGAAAUUAUGAGAUGGUUAGACAAGGAAGAAAAUUAUCAUGUACUAAAAUCUGCUUUUGACUCCACUAGCCGAUUUGCUAGGCUACAGAAGAUUAGCACAAGGAUUGCUGGUCGGUAUCUGUUUAUCAGAUUUAAAGCAGCCACCGGUGAUGCCAUGGGGAUGAACAUGGUCUCUAAAGGUACUGAAGUUUCCCUACAUAAACUUCAGAAGAUUUUUCCGGGUAUUGAAGUUAUUAGUCUUAGUGGUAACUACUGUACUGACAAGAAGCCUUCGGCUGUUAAUUGGAUUGAAGGAAGAGGAAAAUCGGUUGUGUGUGAAGCUGAGAUUCCAGCUAAGGUUGUGAAGAACGUACUCAAGACGUCCGUUCAAACUUUGAUCGAUGUCAACAUUAGUAAGAAUCUGAUUGGAUCUGCUGUAGCAGGAAGUGUUGGUGGUUUUAAUGCUCAAGCAGCUAAUAUUGUUACAGCUAUUUUCAUAGCUACAGGACAGGAUCCUGCUCAAAAUGUUGAAAGUUCCAACUGUAUGACUUUAAUGGAGCCAUCUGGUGAGAAUGGAGAAAACUUGCACAUCAGUUGUACCAUGCCCUCCAUAGAAAUAGGGACUAUAGGAGGUGGUACAGUGCUAUCUCCUCAGGCUGCGUGUUUAGACCUUCUGGGAGUUCGGGGAGCAUCGGCUGUUGAUCCAGGUCAGAAUGCAGCGACCUUAGCAUCGGUAGUUUGUGGUACAGUGUUAGCAGGAGAAUUGUCCCUUUUGUCAGCACUAGCUGCUGGCCAUUUGGUCCGCUCCCAUAUGCGACACAAUAGGUCCAAACUCAAUAUAAACUGUACUCCUGCACUGUAGGGGAACUGUUUCCCCAGACAUGAACUGAGACUGGAAUUCUACCUGGCUGUUAGAAACUGAAUUUACUUUAUUCUGUAUCAGGAAAAUGCAGGUGUAAUACACAGCUAACUGUGAGGGAUCCACUUAGUAUGCAUGAACAUGCUUUCCUCAUGAAGCAGCCCCGAAGAUUUGACAUAAAUUAGUAAGGAACAACAUUAAACAACUUACUAAGUCAAAAACAGAAAAUCUUAUAAAAUUCUGCCAUCAGUAAGUGAUUGUGAAACAGUAUAUACUGUGCAUAUGAUGAGAAGGAUGUCUUCUUUAAUAUGGUUCAAUGUACAGUAUAUCACUGAAUUAAAAUCUGAAUGGAUAGCCUCAAGAUGUAGUUGUUUUAAAAAAAUGUUUUUUAGAGGUUUUUUGUAUUAUUUAGUAUUUACACUACUUCAACAUAAUUAAGCCAACUAGUGAGAGCAAAAUUCAGUCUGUACGAUGCAACAUAAUGUAUGUCUAACUAAUGGGAACAGAAUUCAGAUUGUGCCCAGCAAACAGAACUUAAGAUAUAUAUAUAUAUCUAACAUAAGUCUAUCUAUUAGGAAAUACAUACAUAUUUGCCAAUCAUCAAUAUAUAGUUUAUAUCAAUCCUAAUUGGAACUAAACUUGAACAACAAAUCAGAUUUACCAUUAAACACACUGUAAGUGUAACUUUAUAUCUUGUGUAAAUAUUUGAAACAACAACAGAAUCCAACUGCCCCUGAGAUGUUAAAUGUAACUUUUGCAUGCACAACUUCUUUAUAGUAAAUUAUUUGAGUGAAAAUGUGAUUAGUCACAUCUCCUGGGAUGUAAUUUUCAUUUAGAAAUUUUAAUGUGCUUACAUAAGAGAAGCAUAUAUUACAGACUUUUAUAUUUAUGUAAGGUUUUUUUUUUAACUUUGAAUAAAAAAGAAAACAAUUGAAAAG